CAAUAUUAUCGCGCUUCCCGUGAACGGUCACCCUAAAUAAAUAAAUGACAAAUUCAAGCGUAAAAUAAACCCUAAAAAGUCAAUGAAUCGCUCGAUUUGUGAAUUGUGCGCCCAGCAGUGAGUGGGCAAAGUGCGGCAGCCGACGAGACCGCCCCCAGGAGCCCCGAGUACCGCCCAGGAGCGGAUCGAGGGUCGCCAGAGGAGCCGCGGAAGUACAGCAACAAUUGUUAUUUUUCGCCCGUCGAUUUUCAGGGGGAGGGGGCUACGGACAUCAGCCCCUUCGGUUUCUAAUUGAAUUAAAAGAAAAGGGGGAGGAGGCAAUUACACCCAGGUCAGUCCAAUAAAAGCCAGGCAGCAGAGCAAUGGUCUUCAUCCGGGAUCCCUGUGGCAUCGCCUGCCUGGUGGUCACAUACGGGGCAGUUCUCUACGCGGACUAUGUGGUCAUCCGCUGGAUCAUCCUGACUACGAUGCCGGGCAGCCUCUGGAUGUCCUUCCAUGUGGUGCUCUUCAACACCGUCGUCUUCCUGCUGGCCAUGUCGCAUUCCAAGGCCGUGUUCUCCGAUCCCGGCACCGUGCCCCUGCCCGCCAACCGACUGGACUUCUCCGACCUGCACACCACCAACAAGAACAAUCCCCCGCCCGGAAACGGCCACAGCAGCGAGUGGACCGUGUGCACCCGCUGUGAGACCUACAGGCCGCCGAGGGCCCACCAUUGCCGCAUCUGCAAGCGGUGCAUCCGGCGCAUGGACCACCACUGCCCCUGGAUCAACAACUGCGUGGGCGAGCGCAACCAGAAGUACUUCCUGCAGUUCCUCAUCUACGUGGCCCUGCUGUCGCUCUACUCCAUCGCGCUCAUCGUCGGCUCCUGGGUGUGGCCCUGCGAGGAGUGCAGCCAGAACGUGAUCGAGACCCAGAUACGAAUGAUUCACUCGGUUAUCCUUAUGCUGGUGUCGGCGCUCUUCGGCCUGUUCGUUACGGCCAUCAUGGUGGACCAGCUGCACGCGAUCCUGUACGACGAGACGGCCGUGGAGGCGAUACAGCAGAAGGGCACCUACCGGCCCAAUCGGCGCAAGUACCAGCUGCUGGCCGAUGUCUUCGGCCGCGGACAUCCGGCGCUGUGGCUGCUGCCCUGCACCAGUCUGAACCACUCCUCCCGCUACCACGAUACGCCUCUUCUGAGCCACGAGGUCUAGGGCCAGGAAAUAUUCCUUAUAUUUUGUCCUUGUGUUUAUUGUGCGAGCAAAAGGUCGCGGGAAUGUUUUUAGUUUUUAGUUAUUGUGUGAUUUCUUUUAAUCAGCCUCCCCCACCCGCAG